AUGGCGAACCUUUUACAAAAAGCAACAAUAGCAAAAUCAUUCUCCGAAUUUUAUGUUGGAUGUUUUAAUGCCACAAUUCAGUCAAAAACUAUCAGUGGAACAACUACACAAUCCAAUUAUGGUACAUCAUCAACAUUGCAAACCGCCACGAGUCUCAGUAUUUCAUUAGCCACUCGGUCGACAUCGACGGAUGUUGGUGUUAAUGUUUCAUGGAGCUUUUCUGGAGGUUUUACCAGUGUGAGAAUGGCCAUUAAUAAUUUAAACACUCAACAGUGGGCAGCGAUUGGAUUAUCCACGGAUGAAAAAAUGGGCGAGGAUCACAUCUUUGUAUGUCAACAUAUGACAGACAAUAAUGUGACGAUAAAACGAAUGAUUAAUCCAAGAGGAUACAGUAGACCAAUUGAUGCUCAUUUAACAAGUGGUGGAAUAUUCACUCCUCAAGAAACAGGGCUGCAAGAUGGAGUGGUAAUUUGUCUUUUCACAUUAGGCAAUUUUACCGAGUCUAAAAGAAGAUCAAAACGACAGACAAAUGGACCAGUAUUAUUGCAAACUGAACAAUAUCAUCCACUAAUUGCUAUUGGUGCCCUCGAUAAUACCAUGCAGAAACACAAUGCUCGACUGUCACAAAGUAAACUUGUCGCAUUGAAUCGUCCAGAAAAAAUUAUUUACAAUUUGAACAAUGCCGACGGAAAUCGUUCUAAUUUAAUGAAAGCUCAUGGUUGUAUAAUGAUAUUUACAUGGAUAUUAAUCGUUUCUACCGGUAUAAUAAUUGCUCGCUAUUUUAAAAAGGUCGGAUCAAAUCGAAAAUUAUGUGGAGAAGCAGUGUGGUUUAGUGUUCAUCGAAUUUUAAUGUCUUGUGCAGCUAUAUUGACAAUUUUAGCAUUUUUAUUUAUAUUAGUUUAUCGACAAGGUAGUUGGAUAGAGAACAAUCGUCCAAGAGAAUAUGCUCACUCUAUUAUUGGUAUACUCGUUAUCAGUUUUGCAUUUAUUCAACCAUUUCUAGCGUUGUUUCGAUGUCAUCCAGAAGAUCAUUACCGUUUCAUCUACAAUUAUUUACACGCAUUCAUUGGAUUUACCGCUUUUCUAUUAUCGAUAUCCGCAAUAUUUUUAGCCGUUUUAUUUUCAAUGUUUGAUUUUAAAAAAAAUGUUUCACUGGGCAUUAUGAUAGCAUGGACAUGUUGGAUUGUUCUAAUAUUUUUUACUUUUGAAUGCGUUGAAUGUUGUUUUAAAAAUGAUAGAAAACACAAUAGAGAAUUUGUCAUACCGCAGUUCGAUGGUUAUGGUUAUGUAAUGAGUACAAUAUCAACACCAUAUAAUCCAAACAAAGAAAGAUCAAAUCCAAUGAAAAAUAAAUUUAAAUGUCUACUACUUAUUUUACAUGUACUUGUGGCUUGUGGAUUAUCAUUAGCGCUUAUGAUCAUAAUUAGUCAAUCGUAG